AUGGCAAGUUUAAGAAGUAGAGGAGAAAUUGUCUUAGCAACUGCAUCAUCUGGUAUAGCUGCAACAUUGUUACCCAGUGUAUUCAAAAGCAAAAAUAUCUUAGAAGCCUUAGAUCGAUCAUUACAAGACAUUUGUAGAAAUAAUGCUCCAUUUGGUGGAAAAGUUAUAAUCAUGAGGGGAGAUUUUCAUCAAGUUCUUCCUGUUGUAAGAAAAGAUACUAAGGCACAAAUGAUUUUAGUGUGUAUUGUUCAGUCUCAUUUAUGGAAUCAUACCAAGAUUUUGCGUUUGCGUCAAAAUAUGCGAUCAUUGCAUGAUCAAGAGUUUGCAGAAUUUCUUAUUCGCAUUGGUGAUGGUGUUGAACCUACCAAACCAGAUGAUAUGAUGAGGUUAGCUUCACAUAUUGCAAUCCCAUGGGAAGGUGAACAUUUCAUACAAGUACUUAUUCAACAUAUUUUUCCUUAUUUAGAAUUGCAUGGUUGGGAUGCCUCAUAUAUGGUACAAAGAGCUAUUUUGACACCAACAAAUGAUGAUGUCCAGAAAUUGAAUGAUAUGAUUAUCGACCAGUUUCCAGGAGAACAUAAUUUGUUGUCGUUUGACGAGGUUGAAAGAGAUAAUCAUAAUUUAUACCAGCAAGAAUUCUUAAACUCAAUUGCACAAGGUAGUUUGCCACCACAUAUUCUAAAGAUAAAAAAGGGUGCACCAUUGAUGUUGUUACAAAAUCUAGAUCCUAGAUAUGGAUUGUGUAAUGGGACAUGGUUAUUAUGUCGUGGUUUAUUUAUGAAUAUGUUGGAUGUAGAAAUUUUGACAGGAAACAACGCAGGAAAAUGUGUUUUUUUCCCAAAAUUAAAAUAA